AUGAUCAACCCAAUUGAUAGCCCCUCGUUCGUGCGGCUGAACACCGCUGAAGCUUCAACUACGCCCGAGAAGGCCAUCUCAUUCAUUGAACGUGACGGUGGAGUGAUCAUCGAGAACCUCAUCUCCUCUGAACUGGCCGAGCAAAUCAAAAAUGACUUAAAGCCUCACUUCGAUAAAGAUAUCCCCGAUAAAUAUGGUUUCUUUCCAGCAACGACCCAGCGCGCAACGGGUUUGUUAGGCAUUUCUGAUGCUUGCGUAGAGCUUGCCUGCAACCCAUUCUAUAUAAGCGUUGCGAAUGCUCUCGUCUCCUCGAGCUUCACCUUCUGGAGAGAUGACCGUCAAGUGACAGUCAGCGGCAAGCCGAUUAUAUCUUCCACUGUUGGAUUUCGAGUGAACCCUGGAGGGAAGCAGCAGGUGCUGCAUCGGGAUGACAACGAUUAUCAUCCCACAAAUAAAGAGAUGCCUGUCAUGAUCGGCUGUGUGACGGCACUGACAAAGACAACGAAAGAGAACGGUGCCACGAUUGCAAUUCCCGGCUCGCAUUUGUGGGGACCGGAGCGUCGGCCACUGAAUGAGGAGGCUGUUCCCGCAGAGCUUCAGCCUGGAGACGCAUUCAUCUUCUUGGGCAACCUCUACCAUGCUGGUGGCUCUAAUAUCACUCGGGACGAGUACCGUGAGACGGUUGGUAUCUUCCUCUGCAAGCCAACGCUGCGCCCUGCUGAGAACCAGUUCCUCAUGGUACCACUUGAGCGAGCCAGACAGCUCAAACCACAGGCUCAGAGACUGUUAGGCUAUGGACUUUGCGACCCUGGAGUAGGGUUCAUGAACUACCAGGACCCUAUGAGGGUUCUCUUCGGGGUCGAGGAUGAAGAAACCAUCAAUAUGUGA